UCUUCUUAUAAAAUCCCUACUCAUCUGAAACUCAUUUCAUUUCAUUUCCUAGGUCAAUUCUAUUCAUUACAGAAUUUUCCUUGGUCCAUUCUAUUCAUCUCAGAGAGACUCUGCUUUUCCAGAAGGAGGAAGAGAUGAGCAACCACCAUCACCAUCACCAUCACCAACACCAUGGCCACCAAGAAGGGGGCUACCCAUAUGCCCCAGGCUAUCAAGAAGGGGGCUAUCCAUAUGCCUAUCAAGAAGGGGGCUAUCCAUAUGCCCCAGGCUAUCAAGAAGGGGGCUACCCAUAUGCUCCUCCACCACCACAACCAGGGGCUUAUCUUCAAGCUCCAGGGGCUUACCCAUAUGCUCCUCCUCCACCACAACAACCAGGGGCAUAUUCUCAAGUUCCGGGGGCUUAUUUACCAGCACCUUACCCUUCAUCAGAGGGCCUGCAAUAUCAAUAUGCAGAGGAAGAGGCAAAGAAGCACAAGAAUCGUGAGCAUAUGACUGAGGUGGGAGCACUAGCAGCAGGUGCCUUUGCCUUGUACGAAGGAUAUGAGGCGAAAGUGGAUCCAGAGCACGCAGGGAGACACAAAAUGGAGGCAGAAAUAGCUGGGGCCGCUGCUGUUGGGGCGGUGGGCUACGCUGUGUAUGAACACCAUGAGAGCAACAAGUAUGAGCCUCACCAUGAACACCAUGGUCAUCACCAUGGUCGUCAAUGAAGACAUUAAAAAUUCACCCAUGUAUGUUGUUAAUAAUAGAAUUUCACGCGAUCUGCACAGUCGUGUGUAAAAAUAAGAUUACAAUUUUCAACGUUUUCUUUAUAAGAAGCAUGGAUUGGUAUGUUUAUCAUCCGUAUUCAAUGGAUCUUGGAUUGGUUUGUUUAUCAUCCGUAUUCAA